CGUUGUUGGCACCACCGUGAAGGUGUCGUAAAGUGAUCAAAAACAUUAAAUUGCGCAAAAUUGUGUUAUUUCUAUUGAUAUGGAAUCGUAUAAACACGUUGUAUUAGUUUUCAAGCAGUUAUAAUACUAUAAAUGUUUAAAUAUAGUGCAGUGCUUAUCACGUCAAGGUUGCAUACCUACUGGUUUGGAAUGAUAUCAAACAAGGACGUUGUUUGCGAAAAGUGGUAUUGGACGGCAGAAUGACCUCUUCUGACGGAUCAGGUACGCGUCUUGGAAUGUAUACUGCCAUGAAUAGUCAAAUAGGAGUCGCCGGCCAAUCUGCAGAAUACCUGCCUCUUAGUGUACCAUCAACCGCCUUAAGUUAUGAUCUUCAAGCCGGCAGCUGUGGAGACUCUUCUUCAGAUUCGCGGUCUCCAGAGAUUCCCACCGCGAAGGCAAGUGACCGUGAGAUGCGUAUCAUAGCUGAGAAGCAGCGACGGAGCCAGUACAAUGCGCACAUCUCUCAAAUUACGUCUCUACUCUCUGACGUCGUCCAUUCUCAAAGAAAAGUUGAUAAGACCAGCGUAUUGAGACUUGCCGCAAACAAACUCCGGAAUGAGCACGUCUUUGGUGAUACCAUUAAAUGUUGUCACAUCGAAACUUGGUCUUCAGGUUUUCUAAAGUUUUUUGAUCUCAUUGGUGGAGUUAUGUUUGGUGUUACAUGCCGGGGACGUUUGUUUAUUGUAUCACCCAAUAUUCAAGAGAAAUUAGGCUACUGUCAUGUAGAUUUAUUGGGUCAGGACUUUUAUAAAUAUGUUCAUGAGAGGGAUCACGAAAUUCUCCGCCAUCAUAUUUAUCCCGCUGAACUACAAACAGGUUGUGAUAAGAGACUGUUUGAACAGCACCAUAAUUUCCAUAUCCGCGUCAUGAGGUCAGGAGCUAGAUCGGACCCUCCUCGCUAUGAACGAUGUCGUAUUGAUGGAGUGUUGAGGAGAUCAGACAAAGCUACUGCAAAUGGUGUGCAAGAUGAACAGACUAUAAGGAGGCAGAGGGUCAGAGUCAAUAAGACAUUUUCAUCCAGUGGUAAUGAUUUUGUCUUCAUUGGAAUGAUCCAUGUACUUUCAAGUAACUUGCCAGCUCGAAUCUUGCCCCCAACAGCAUAUUCAGAGUAUUGGACUCGCCAUUUGAUUGAUGGACGCAUCGUGCAAUGUGAUCAAAGCAUAUCACUGGCAGCUGGGUAUAUGACUGAAGAGGUCACAGGCACAUCUGCAUUCUUCUUCAUGCAUAAAGAAGAUGUACGCUGGGUGAUAUGUGUCUUGAGGCAAAUGUAUGAUGACAGCAGAGAAUUUGGUGAAUCUUAUUACAGGCUAAUGUCACGCUCAGGCCACUUCAUAUAUAUGAGAACUCGUGGUUUCUUAGAAAUUGACAGAGAAACUAAAAAAGUUCAAAGUUUUGUAUGUGUCAACAGUGUGAUUGGGGAGGAAUAUGGAAAGAAAAUGAUGGAGGAAAUGAAAAGGAAGUACUCGGUGAUUGUAGAUUUAGACAAACAGCAAAAUGAUAAAUUGCUAUCUAUUGAUGAUGUGCCUGUGGAACAUCCAAAGAGAUUAGAAAGAAUUGUAAUGCAUCUAGUGAAGCCAUCUUCCACUGAGAAUCUAGAUGAGCUGAAACUUGUUCCACCUUCAAAAGAAAACAUUAUUUCUGCAAUUAAAAGUAGUGAAAAAGUUGUUCAAGACACCGGGAUAAGGUUUGACUCCAGAAAAAGAAAAAAAUCAGAUUGUGAUGAUGACAAUGAAUAUUUAAAAAGGCAUAGUUAAUGUUUAUCUGUGUCAGUGUUUGUGAUUUAUGUUCCUAAGAUUAUUUUGUAAUUCACAUUUGGAUUGGUUAAUUAGUAGGCAGGUAUGGUACAUUUAAAUAAAUGACUGUUCUGUGAUGACAAAUGCAGUGAUGCAUGUCAUAAUAAAUGUAAGCUUACUAAUCAUCAUUCUAAGUGAGCUUAAUAUAGUUGAUGGACUUCAUUAGAUACAUUAAUGUUUAGGUUUCAGGUUCAUAUUAAGUGAAAUUUUCACUUAGGUGUUAUCCAUGAAAUAGUGUAUAAUAUUCAAUCUUGCCAAGGCCAUACUAUGAAUAGUUAGAUGUUAAAAUAAGUCACCGAAGGUUAAAUAGAUAAACACAACAUGAUGUAUAAUAAAUCAAAUUUUGAGUUAUACUUGUACAAUGGUAAAUAGGAGAACUUAUUUAAAAUUGAAUUACACAACUUGAUCAUACAUUUAAAAAAAUAUCUCUAGUAGUAAAACAUGAAUUGGCUCCUAAUCUAAUUUUAAUUAUAGAUUUUUUUAUAUGGGACUGAGUAUAAAAGUUUUUAUUAUUAUUUAGAAACUUAUUUCAUACACAUGCUUUAUUAUCUAACAAUUAUCUUUGACUGAUUUCAAAAAAAUUAUUACAUAUACAUAUAAAUAAAUCUAAGUAAUGGUCAAAUCUUCCAAAUGUAUUGAAUAAUUUAGAUGAAAA